CCGUGUUUGGGACAGUCGGAGCAGUAUUUCCCUCGCUCUAGGCGUUGUUUUACACGCGAGGACCAACUCCCUGUCACUGGAAUUGGUGGUUUCACGGGAAUCUUUCUUCAAUCACUACACCGCCAUGGACUUGAAUGAGAGUAAAUCAAAAAUAUUACCUAGCGUUGUCAUAUACACAUUGGUUUUGUUGGAGACUGAGGACUGGGUGAAAACAAAGCGCUUCGCUAUUCUGAGAGCUAUUUUGGGUCACCGCAUUGCUUUCACUCUGAAGACAGCCGCGUAACGGGAACGGAGCCGCAGCCCGUAGUAUUGGAACCAUUGUACAUCGGACACUACAUUUCGCGCAUUAAUGAACACUUUUGGCAAGCUUUUCCAUGGCUUAGAGACCACCAGAGUUUUGCCAAGAGAGUACCAAGCGAGUAACAACAAAGGAAGAUGCCAUUUUCUAAUGUGUGGGAAUAGACAUGGCUGAACAAAUGCUUCGAGCGCAGGUGGAUAGAUAGGUGCUACAUUGUCUCACACGAAGCUAACAAAGAAAAGACGGUCAAUAUUAAGAAGCUAUCAAACACUAUUGUUGCAAGUCUUGUUUUUUUUUUUUACCAGCAUGUGAAACUUCCUGAAUGAACUGGACUUGAAUUAAAUUUCGGCGGUAUCACAAUGCUUGACAAUGUAUUGAUAUUUCGGUGGAUUAUUUUGUAUUCCACAUUGAGCUAAAACUGCUUCGUCAUUUAAAAAAAAAAAAACAUUUUUCUUUUGAGUUUGAUUUCCAUCGAGCGCAGACAUGCCGGGAGCACUCCCCUCCUCCCAAGCCCUGUACAUCGGGAUGGAGGUGAUAAUUGCUGUGUCCUCUGUCAUCGGAAACGUGAUGGUGGUAUGGGCUGUAAAAAUUAACAAGUCGUUAAGAGACACCACGUUCUGUUUCAUCGUCUCGCUGGCCCUGGCUGACAUUGCGGUGGGGGCUCUGGUCAUACCGCUGGCCAUAACCAUCAGCAUUGGACUCCAAACUCACUUCUACAGCUGUCUCAUGGUGGCAUGCACGGUACUGGUCCUGACGCAAAGUUCCAUCCUCGCCCUCCUGGCCAUAGCGAUUGACCGCUAUUUAAGAGUGAAGAUCCCGACCAGCUACAAGCGGGUGGUGACGCAGCGGCGUGCGGGCGUGGCGGUGGUGGUGUGCUGGACCGUGGCCUUCCUGGUGGGCCUCACGCCCAUGCUGGGCUGGAACAACCUGCAGAACCUGCGUCUCCGCAGCAACGGCUCCCUGAGCGACGACCUGGUCAUCACCUGCCAGUUCGAGAACGUCAUCAGCAUGGACUACAUGGUCUACUUCAACUUCUUCGGCUGGGUGCUGCCCCCCCUGGUGCUGAUGCUGGCCAUCUACACCGAGAUCUUCUACAUGAUCCACAAGCAGCUCAACAAGAAGGCCACCACCAGCCACACCGACCCCAACAAGUACUACGACAAGGAGCUGAAGCUGGCCAAGUCGCUGGCCCUGGUGCUCUUCCUGUUCGCCGUCAGCUGGCUGCCGCUGCACAUCGUGAACUGCGUCACGCUGUUCUGCCCGGGCUGCCACAAGCCCAUGUACCUCAUCUACAUCGCCAUCCUGCUGACGCACGGCAACUCGGCCGUCAACCCCAUCGUCUACGCCCUCCGCAUCAAGAAGUUCCGCACCGCCUUCCUCAAGAUCUGGAGGCAGUACUUCUGCUGCAAGCAGGUGGCGUCCAUGGAGAGUCACCCCAGCGACAGGGUGAAGAACCACGAGGCGCCAGUGGCGGCGGCGGAACCGCCCGCAGCGCUGCCUCCGCCCGAGACUCAGCCGCAGCCCGCCCCGACGGAGCCGGACCCGACGCCACCUCAGAACGGCCCAGAACCAGGACAGCCGCUGGAACAGAACAAUGUCUGAUCCGGUGUGUGAGCCUCUAGUCAGACAAUUAGACAGUGCCAUGAAUAUAAACUCUCUCUCUCUCUCUCUCUCUCUCUCUCUCACACACACACUCAUACAGUCUUACAUACACACACAUGUGCACAUACACACAAAGUGUUGUAUAUACAUGCAUACACAUACACAUAUCUAAUACAUACACACACAUACACACACAAAGAGACACAAAGAUGCACAGUAAGAGGUUGGUACUCUUUUGAAUGUAAAUCAGAGGUCCUCAAAAUGCUGCUGACUGCACUUCUUCGGUUCUCCUAUCAGGGUUUGAUCACUGUGUGUCUCAUCACAGCCGUCUGUGGAGUGGAGUUCUAGGGACGGAACACUGGAAUGUGGAAUAUUGGCAGCUGAUUUUAGAACAUGCUGGGCCCUGUUAGGACCUGUGUGCUAAGCGGGACACUUCUCUAUAUGGGAAAAUUCACUGGAUAUCCUUGAAAAACUGUUACAAUGUAAAACCUUAAUGAAACCUAAACUAAUGACAUAGCUGGCCCAUUGAAGGCAUAUCUUGUUGAUGCGCUCCAAACGGUGAAGGGAGACGCUGGAUGUUGUUAUGCCAAAUGUGCAAUAGCUCAUAAUACUGGUGAUGCCAGCUUGCUGAACACCUCUUCCUUGUCACUGGGGAGAAUAUCCAAUCAUGAAGAAAAGAUCACUCAAAAAAAUGUGAAUGUAAACGUGCAAAAAAAAAAAAAGGAAAAAAAAACAGCAGCAGUUAGUAUUUCCUCAGAGCAGACGGAGUCAUGCUGGCCAGCCCGUAAUGCCCAGUGAUGGAGAGGCAUUGCUGGGAUGGACGAUAGGGACAAGGAGGUGUCACUGCUGACACAAAGAGUUUUUAAUCCCUCCAUUGAAUUUCUCAGCCCUGUGCUGUUUCCCAGGCAGUUUACACUGAUCCAUUAUGGAUGGAAGAGAUGGCCCAGAAUGUGUGUGUGUGUGUGUGUGUGUGUGUGUGUGUGUGUGUGUGCAUGUGCGUGCGUGCGUGUGUGUGUGUGUGUGCGUGUCCUUCUGAGUGGUUUGCUCUGUUUUUUUGUGUAUCGUAUGUCCGUGUGUGUGUGUGUGUGUGUGUGUGGUGUAUGAGUAGGUGUGUGUGUUUCCAAACAGGAAGGAGGUAUCAUUCUUGCUGAAGUGGUUUUUAACCCUUGCAGAAACACAUACUGUACACAAAAAAGAAAACAUUGAACAAUGGGACUGAGAGAAAAAAUGGAGGAGACUAGUCCUAUCUGUCUCCUCUAGUGACUUACAUGUGUCAGAGUGGAAGUGUUUGUUUAAACCCACGGCUCUUUUUUUAUGACUGCUAUGUAAUUAAAGGUGUGUGUUUAAGAGAGAGGCUUUGCCAGGCUUCAACUGUAUUAAUCUGGACUGCAUCCAAGUCUAUAGAUUAUAUAUAUAUAUAUAUAUAUAUAUAUAUAUAUAUAUAUAUAUAUAUAUAUAUGUCUAAAAGUCUGUAAAAAAUGAUAUGAUACCUAAUGCCAUACUUGUGCAGCUUUUUUUCAUUUCCAAUGCAAUAUAACAUCACAGUGAUACUUUUUUGAGAAAAACCUGAGCUAUCACAUUGAUCACAUCCUUUGUCAUCUACGUCCACAGUUAUAGAUCCGCACUUCCUGCUCUCUUGGAGAAUAAAAGAAUGGUGACACAUCAUAGUUUAUCGAUUUACUGUGAGCAAUUAAUACAAACAGUGGCCGACGAUCCCUGUGAAGCUCGGAGCCACAGCUCUUGUCAUCCGAUUUGUCCUGGCUUUUCUUUUGUCCCUUCAGAAGUGUUAUUGUGAAUAAUGAUCAGAUGUGUAGUCCUCAGAUGGUAUGUAUGCCAUCUCUAAGGAUGCCAAUGGAAAUUCAAGUACUCCCAAUACAACUCCAGCGGCGCCCCCUAGAGCACCCAACAUGUAUAUACAUAAUAUUAUAAUCACAUCAUGCAGUCCAUCAACAUCAUCAUGGUCCAAUGCACUGAGAUACUGUCAAACCUGAGUGGGAAAUAGAGACACCAUGUGUACACAGUAUACCUCAAUAAGGUAAUACAAAAAAAAAACAAAGAAAACAAAAAGAUAAAACAUGACCCAACUGUGCAUAUACAAUCAUUCUGUGCAUCUUCUGGCUUCUUUUCCAUGUCUGAAUGAAUGGGAACAACGGGCUUAUUAUUGUUACUGUCAAUCUCUGCGUUCAUUCGGUGCAGGAUAAUACAAGAUAACAGACUGAUGUAAACAUAAAUAAGAUGUCAUAAAGUCACAAGUAAACCAUGUCUGGCUGUUGUUCUCUUCAAGAUAGAUGUACAGGAGACUCUUUCGCACAAAUACUCAGAAGAGAUGAUUCCUGGACCAUCCUCUUUGUUAGACAUUGACCAUUGACCAGAUGUGAUCUGUAUCUAAGGUGUAUCUGGGUCAACUGUGGGGAUGUUUUUUGGGUCAGAACAGAACCGCUGCCCGAGACCGAGAGUGUAGAGCAAAAGAGAUGAAGAGGAUGAUGAGCUAUAUCCUCUGCUAGGCAGAAACAGGUGCCAGUGGGCUUGGCUGGAGACAAGGCCAAACAACGAUUUCCUGUCCGUCUGCAUGCAGGAGCCCAUCUUUCUGAGUACACAGCUGGCACUGGGGGCAGGAAACGCUAAAUCAGGAAACAGUAAAUGUCGCCGUGUGUGUGUGAGUGUGUGUGAGUGUGUGUGUGUGGGGGACACCCUGAGAGCUUAUCACAGCUGUGAGCCCAGAGAGCGGUUCUGCUGAGAUGGCCUAUCCCAGA